CCGCCGUCCCCGCGGACCACCUUUUGGAGGACUGUGCCGAGCCACCUGUUAGUGGAGGAGGAGACUCCGGCGGAGGAGCCGGCUGCGGUGAGACCGAGCGGUGGCUGCUUCCAGCGGGUUACCGCCGGGUCGACUCGCUCGCCGAAGGAAUGUUUGGAUUUCAGCGGCGUCUGCCAGCGCGCUCUAAAACGGGACGGAGAUGAAUGGUUGAUUGAAAAGAGGGAAGAAAAAGCGAAGGAGUCUGACGGAUUGGAGGAAGGAAGGGAAAGGUGAGCUGGAGUGUCGUGAGGGAGAGACGGCUGCCGUUACUGCAGAAGGAACACCUGGAACGAGGAGACGCUCUGGGGCUCGGCUCCAAGAGGACGUGUUGGCGAGAUGACGUCUGUGAGGAACGGUCGGCGCCGCCACUCCCUCUCUGACGACUUCGAAGAGACCAAUGGGAGCCGUGGGGGACCCGCACCAGAAGCAGAACCCGAGGAGCUGGACUGGGACGGCUACAGCACCACGCUGGAGCACAGACUCGCAGCUGAGCAGGAGAGCGUCCAGGUGUCCGAGCAGCGCUGCGUCCACCUGGAGACGGCCCGCCGUGAGCUGGAGCGCCAGCUGUCCGGCCUGUCGGAGCGCCUGGAGGAGGAGGAGGCGUGCGCGGCGCAGCUGGCCCUGCACCGGGACCGGCUGGAGGCCGAGUGCGGCGGCCUGCGGAGGGACCUGGAGCAGCUGGAGGGAGAGCUGACCGCCGCCGAGCAGGACAAACAGCUGGCAGACGGCGAGGUGAGGAGGCUGGCAGAGCAGCUCUUUCAGAAGGACGACGUCGUGCAGAAGCUCCAGAAGGAGAAGGAACAUCUGGUGGAGCUCAGCCAGCAGGCUAUCGAGGACCUGCAGAGUGAGGAGGAGAAGGUGAACCUGCUGACCAAAGAGAGAACCAAGCUGCAGAUGCAAGCCGAGGAUUUGGAGUACCAGCUGGAGCUGGAGCGCCGCCAGCGGGGCGAGCUGGAGCGGAGCCGGAGGAGGCCGGAGGGGGACGGCAGAUCCACCCACGACAGUCUGGGAGACAUGGAGAAGAUGAGGAGUGGCCUGGAGGAUCUCAUCAAGAGGAAAGACCUGGAGAUCAGCAGUACCAGCUCCAAACUGGAAGCAGAAGAGGCUCUUAACAUCGGACUGCAGAGGAAGAGCAGAGAGCUUCAGGCCCGGAUCGAGGAGCUGGAGGAGGAGCUGGAGGCGGAGCGGGCCAUGAGGGUCAAGGUGGAGAAGCAGAGAGCAGAGCUGACCAGAGAGCUGGACGAUCUGACGGACCGGCUGGAGGAAGCAGGAGGCGUCACGGCCUCGCAGAUGGAGGUGAACAAGAAGCGGGAGGCUGAGCUGCAGCGCCUGCGACGGGACCUGGAGGAGUCCUCGGUGCAGUCCGAAGCGCUGGCCUCGUCCCUGAGGAAGCGCCACGGCGACGUCGUGUCCGAGCUGAGCGAGCAGUGCGAGGCUCUGCAGCGAACCCGGGCCAAGCUGGAGAAGGAGAAGCAGAACCUGAGGAUGGAGGUGGACGAGCUGGCCUUGACGCUGGACGGCCUGCAGAAGGCCAAGACAUCCUCGGACGGCCAGGUGAAGAAACUGGACGAGCAGCUGUCCGAGGCCAACAGGAGAGGAGACGAGCUGCAGAGGACGCUGACGGAGCUCAGCGUGGCCAAGAACAGACUCACAGCUGAUAACGCCGACAUGGUUCGACAGAUGGAGGAGGCGGAGAGCAAAGCGAGCCAGCUGAGCCGCUCCAGGUCUCAGCUGCAGUCUCAGCUGGAGGAGCUGAAGAAGCAGCUGGACGAGGAGGUCAAGAGCAGGCAGGCGGCCGCCGCCGGCCUGAGCUCCACCCGGCAGGAGAGCGAGGCGCUGAGGGAGCAGCUGGAGGAGGAGCAGGAGAGCAAGCAGGAGAUGCAGCGCCUCGUCUCAAAGCUCAACAGCGAGGUGACGCACUGGAGGAGCAAACACGAGGCCGACGCCAUCCAGCACGCCGACGAGCUGGAGGAGACCAAGAAGAAGAUGGCGGCCAGGCUGCAGGAGGCGGAGGAGGCCGUGGAAGCCACCCAGGCCAAAUGCUCCUCACUGGAGAAGACCAAGCAGAGGCUGCAGGGGGAGGUGGAGGAGCUCUGCAUGGACCUGGAGAAGGCCAGCAGCUGCGGUCAGGCUCUGGAUAAGAAGCAGCGGCUGCUGGAGAAGCAGCUGGCAGAGUGGAAGCAGAAGUGCGAGGAGCUGGUGGUGGAGGUGGAGAGCUGCCAGAAGGAGAGCCGGCAGCACGCCGGAGAGCUCUUCAAGCUCAAGACGGCCCACGAAGAGUCUCUGGAGCAGAUGGAGGCUCUACGCAGAGAGAACAAGGCCUACCAGGAGGAGAUCGCUGACCUCACAGACCAGCUGUCAGACGGCGGGAAGAGCGUCCACGAGCUCCAGAAAGCAAAGAAGAAGAUUGAGAUGGAGAAAGAGGAGCUGCAGGCAUCACUGGAGGAGUCUGAAGCUGCUUUGGAGGCAGAGGAGACCAAGGUGCUGAGGCUCCAGCUGGAGCUGUCUCAGGCUAAAGGAGACCUGGAGCGCAGACUUCAGGAGAAGGAGGAGGAGACUGAAACACUGAGGAAAAGCCACCAGAGGGCGCUGGAGUCGCUGCAGGCCAGCCUGGACGUGGAGGUGAAGGGCCGAGCCGAGGGCCUGAAGCUGAAGAAGAAGCUGGAGGCGGACGUCAACGAGCUGGAGCUGCAGGUGGACGUUCUGAGCAAGAGCAACGCGGAGCUGAGCAAGAGCAGCAAGAAGCUGCAGCAGCAGCUGAAGGAGCUGCAGGUCCAGCUGGAGGAGGAACUGCGGGGCCAGGAGGAGCGCCGGGAGGAGCAGGCGGCGACGGAGCGGCGCUGCGCUCUGCUGGUCGGCGAGGCCGAGGAGACCCGGGCGGCGCUGGAGGGUUCGGAGAGGGCGAGGAAGGUUCUGGAGACGGAGCUGCAGGAGGCCGUCGAGAAACACGGCGACCUCAACAACCAGUUCCAGUCGGCCCUGAGCGGGAGGAGGAAGCUGGAGGUGGAUCUGCAGACUCUGCAGCAGGAGCACGAGGAGCUGCAGGCCGAGCUCCGAGGGAGCAGCGACAAGACCAAGAAGGCCAACUGUGAGCUGGCACGAGUGGGCGAGGAGCUGCGACUGGAGCAGGAGCACACGCUCCACCUGGAGAGGGUGAAGAAAGGACUGGAGGCCCAGAUCAAGGACAUGAGCGGCAGGCUGGAUGAGGCCGAGCAGAUGGCUCUGAAGGGGGGCAAGAAGAUCAUCCAGAAGCUGGAGGGAAAGGUGAAGGAGCUGGAGCUGGAGCUGGACUCGGAGCAGAAGCGCCACGCCGAGACGGUGAAGACGCUCCGGAAGAACGAGCGGCGCCUGAAGGAGCUGCUGUUCCAGUCGGAGGAGGACCAGAAGAACCAGCAGAGGAUGCAGGAGCUGGUGGAGAGGCUGCAGAACAAGAUGAAGGCCUACAAGAGACAAGUGGAGGAGGCCGAAGAACAGGCCAACAUGAACCUGGCCAAAUACAGGAAGACCGUCCACGAGCUGGACGACGCCGAGGAGCGAGCAGACAUCGCCGAGUCGGCGCUGACCAAGAUCAGGACCAAGAACAGAGGCAGCUUUGGGAAGGGAUACUCUUCUGGUUACAGCACGCCGUUCCCCGGCCUGGUGCGGUCGCCCAGCUCCGCCGGCUCCGAGGGCCGAGGAGAGAAGAUCCUCAACGACGACAACGAGUCCGUCAGCUCCCUCAUCCCGGCGUACCUCAACUCCCUCAAGAAGCUCAUGAUCGAGUAGCAGGCCGGACCCCGGCUCUGCGGUGGACGCCACCAGAACAUCCAGGUCGCCGCGGCGACAAAUGUUUGAGCGUUCUGCACGUUCCUAUUGAAUUUUAUACUCUGGUCACUUUUAUACCCAUUUAUGUGUAAAAAAAUGUAACAUGCUGCAAGAGAUUCACACAGUAAAAAGAAUCAUUCAGUUCUUCCACAUGGACCAGGUCAUGAUGAUCUUUGGAAUAAAAUCAGCUGAAAUUGUUCAAACACAGCAUUACUAAUCCUACGACUCUAAAACAACCUACUGAUUAAAACUGGCGAACCAAAACUGUUUCCUCUGAAAUUUUGCGCCAUAAUGUCGAAAUGUCUUCAUGCUCUCGGCUCAUGCUAACUCUCAGCUGUGUUUCUUUUGUAUCAAGGAUGCUAAACCACCGUAUCUUAGCACUUCCAUUCUUAUUAAUGAGGCUGAAUGAUAUCAGAAACAUAAUAUUGUGAAAGCAACAUGAUUGGCAAAAAAUACAAGUAUCCGAUGUUAACGUCUUUCUGGUUUGACGCAUUUUUAUCCAUCAUUAAGCUAUUUAAUAAGAAAAAAGAGAUUCUAAAUAGUUAGCUUGAGGGCAAUAGUUUAACCUUUUAACCAGUUUCGACCAGUAACAAUUCGCCUUUGAACCAUUUCCAGUCCAUUGUCAAAAUGUGCUGAUUUUAGGGAAUAAAGACUUUUUUCAUUUGUUUC